AUGCACCGUUUCAAAGAAAACUUUCCUACGGUUGUUGAAUCAUCCAGUGCAACGGGAUGGCUUACCUCAAUCUUGCAGCUUGGGGGCAUCGUUGGUUCUCUAACGGCUGGCGUCUUUGGCGAAGUGUUUUCGCGCAAAUAUACCAUACCAUUAUACAACGCUGAACUGUCAUCUCCUGAGCUUCGUGGGCUACUGGUGUCCUUUUAUCAGUUCGCUACCAUCCUUGGAAUAAUGCUUUCCUUCUGGUGUGGAUAUGGAAGUAACAACAUUGGGGGGACGGGAGAUACACAAUCGGACCUUGCAUGGCGAAUCCCAUCGAUAAUUCAAGGAAUCCCUGCUGCCAUUCUUGCGCUAGGAAUCUGGUGGCUUCCAUUUUCUCCACGAUGGCUCAUUAAACAUGGCCGUGAGGAGGCGGCUAUCAAAACACUAGCAUAUCUCCGCAAGUUACCUAUCAAUCAUGAGCUUAUCCAAAUUGAAGCCAAAGAGAUAAAGGCUGAAUACCUGUUCGAACAAAGAGUUUUUGCAAAGAAAUUUCCAAUGCUCGGGGCCGGCGAAAAGACAAGUGUAUGGAUGCGUGAGUUGGUGCAGUAUUGGAAUAUCUUUAGAACAUGGGACAACUUUAAGCGCGUUGCGAUUGCAUGGUUUGUUAUGUUCUUUCAGCAGUGGAGCGGUAUCGACUCAAUUAUUUACUAUGCAUCUAACGUGUUUGUAAGUCUAGGUCUAACUGGGGGGACACAGUCAUUGCUUGCUACAGGCGUUACAGGGGUCGUGUUUUUUGUCUGCACGAUCCCGGCAAUGGCAAUUAUUGACAGAGUGGGACGGAAACCUAUGCUUCUAUUCGGAUCCAUUGUUAUGUGGGUGUGCAUGGUACUUACCAGUAUUAUCGUAGCGAAGUUUCAACACGACUGGCAGCACCAUGCAAACGCCGGCUGGACAGCCGUGGCUUUUAUCUGGAUCUAUGUCGGUGCAUUUGGUGCUACGUGGGGACCGGUAUCCUGGACCCUGGUCUCUGAGAUUUUCCCUGUGUCUAUCCGGGCUAAAGGUGCUUCGAUAGGGGCCUCUAGUAACUGGGUAAACAACUUCGCCGUCGCUUUCUUUGUCCCUCCCAUGUUUGCUGCGUGGGAAUGGGGAACAUACCUUUUCUUUGCGGUCUUCCUUACUGGUGGAAUUGUUUGGGUAUGGUUUUACCUGCCUGAAACCAAGGGGACUACUCUUGAAGAAAUGGAUCGCAUAUUCGAAAGCCAUUCCGGUGAAGCCGAUGCUCGUAUGUUAGCGGACGCAAGAAAAGACGUAGGGCUUGAUCAAGACAUGGUAGACAGAGCCGUGUCAGCAGCUGCAACCGCUGUGAAGAGAAAACCCGAAGCAAAGCAUUACCUCAAGCCUUUGAGGUUGUUUGAAUAG